CGAGAGCCUCCCGCUACCCUGUUGGGCUGGACGGGGUCUGAAGAAAAGAUGUGACUACCACCUCGACCUACAAUAGACUUCCUUUCAUUUCCCCCAAACUAGGCAAGCUUUCCCCUCCCACGGCCCAUCGAAUUCUCAGUUUGUGCAGCCGCAAAAAUGGUGGAAAAGGUCUACGUGACGUACAACGAGAUCCAUAAACUGUGCCAGACAUCCGCCGAGAAGAUCCUGAAUGACUUCCAGCCCAAUCUUAUGAUCGCCAUUGGUGGUGGCGGAUAUGUGCCAGCGAGGAUCCUGAGAUCAUUCCUCAAGCGACCCGGUGCUCCUAAUAUCCCCAUCCAAGCCAUUGGCCUCUCGCUCUACGAACAACUUUCUGGCUCAGACCCUGUCGAAGCGCCUGGCACAAAAGUCACACGGACACAAUGGCUGGAUCUGUCCUCACUUGAGAUGAAGAAUCUGAUCGGCAAGAAUGUCCUAAUCGUCGACGAGGUGGAUGACACACGCACCACACUCGAAUAUGCAGUCAAGGAGUUGGAAAAGGACGUGGAACUGGCCAGACAACAACAAGGCAGAGCCGAAAAGACAAGAUUCUCCAUCUUCGUGCUGCACAACAAGGACAAGGAGAAGAAAGGACACCUUCCAGAUGACAUGCUCAAGGAGAAUCGGUAUCUGGCGGCCGUCACCGUUCCCGAUGUAUGGAUAUGCUAUCCCUGGGAAGCCACCGAUAUCGACGAGCACGACCAACUCGCCCAGAACCAUGGCGUCAAUUGAGUUGAGCUCUUGCCGUGAUCAUUGGCUUUCGUUAUAGAGUAGAGGGCAGGAUGAUAUGCGCAAGAAUUGCAUUAGAGGUGAAUCUAUCGUGAAAAUCGCGAUGGUAUCACAUUUUUAGUCCCACCGAAUUUUCCUCGCG